AAGAAACGGUAUCGUUUAACUGGAGGGAUACUAGUAAAACGACAAUAUUUAAAAUAAAACGAUGGCGUUUGACUGAUUUUGUAAUCUUGAAGCGGGCUGUUGCGCUAACUGAUAACUGAUAAGAGAGCCGUUGAUUAGAGCAGAGAAGGAGAGCACAGAGAAAGAUAAAUAAUGGAAAUGGCCGUUAAAACCCUUUUCUUGGGUUUAAAUCCCAAGUUGAUGCAUAACAGACACACAGUAGAUGCCAUCUUUACGAACACUUCUUGCAAGCCCACCACAUCUGUUUCUCAUCGAACAAGAAACACCACUCAAGGAUAUUGUGUAAGGUUAAAGGAAAACCACAGAUGUCUUACUCCUGUCUGUGCUGUACUAUCAGACAUGCAAGAUAUUGGAGUUGGAGCAUCUUCUUCUCAGUUUGAACAAUUCUCAGUGAUGGCUUCAAGUACUAAUGAACCUCGAGAACUAAGGAUCAGUGUUGAGGUAUCAGGAGUGAAAACUAGAGCUAUUUUUGACAAUGUUUUUGAGAAGAUGGUUGCUGCUGCCCAGCCAAUUCCAGGAUUUAGAAGAGUUAAAGGAGGUAAGACACCAGAUAUACCUAGAGACAUUCUGUUAGAAGUUCUCGGACCUUCAAAAGUCUACAAGGAAGUGAUCAAGAAAGUAAUAAACUCUACUGUAGCCAAAUAUGUUGAAAAGGAAGGUUUAAAAGUCAGUAAAGACUUGAGAAUCGAGCAGAGUUUUGAAGAUCUUGAAGAAACAUUUGAACCAGAUGCAAAAUUCAGCUUUGAUGCAGUUAUACAGCUUCUAAAAAGUGAAUGAAAAAUGUUCAUGUACUUUAAGAAUUAACCAAUUUUUGGGCUAUAUUUUUUAGCUUGUUGCGGCAAGUUUAAGGUCAUUAAGAAUCUUUAAGAAAUUAAUCAAA